AUGAGCUACACUUACGAUCCUGAAGAGAUCCAGUACAUCAUUCGUAUACACAACACAAACAUUGAUGGUACGAAGAGAAUUGCGUUUGCGCUGACCAAGAUUUCAGGAAUGGGCAUAAGAAUAGCAACUGCCAUAUGCAAACGCCUUGGAAUUGAUAAGAUGAAGCGAGCAGGAGAAAUCGGAGAAGACGACUUGAAGAGAAUCAGCGACGCAAUUAUUAAUCCGGGCAGUCUUGGAAUUCCAGAGUCGUAUUUCAAUCGUCAGAGGGAUCCUAUUGACGGAGUGUCAUCGCACCUGAUUGGAACAAAGCUUGAUGCUGAGAUGAGGAUGAUGAUUGAGAGAGGAAAGAAGAACAAGCUGAUUAGGGCAUUUAGACUUGAUGUCGGGCUCAAAGUGCGUGGACAGAGAACCAAGUCGAAUGGAAGACAUGGAAACUCCAUGGGUGUUGCCAGAAAGAAGUAA